AGUGCCUCCGUCAGAAAAGUCGAGUGGCAAUUUCAAAGAUUAAAACAGAAACCACAGCGAGGCAGCAAGAGCACCAAAAAUGGGAGGCGAUGGGAUCUUGGGAAGAGUCAGUGACCCGGAAGGAAGCAGAGGCAAGACGGGGGAGCGCAGAAGAAGGUGGCUCAAGAGACGAGAGAGAUGGCUGGUGGUACUGGGAGUGGUGCUCCACGCUGUUUACAUGCUCAGCAUCUUCGACAUUUACUUCAAAACUCCUAUAGUCCACGGCAUGGAUCCUGUGAUCCCCCGUUUCUCCGCCCCCGCUAAACGUCUUGUGCUUCUCGUCGCGGAUGGUUUAAGGGCCGACAAGUUUUUUGAGCCGGAUUCAGAAGGAAAUUUCCGAGCACCUUUUUUGAGAAGCAUAAUUAAAGAGCGAGGUCGCUGGGGAGUGUCUCAUGCUCGUCCACCAACUGAAUCAAGGCCUGGGCAUGUUGCUUUAAUUGCUGGGUUCUACGAGGACCCUAGUGCAGUUACAAAAGGAUGGAAGGCCAAUCCAGUUGAAUUUGAUUCAGUGUUCAAUCGGAGCCGGCAUACAUUUGCCUUUGGUAGCCCAGAUAUUGUUCCGAUAUUCUGUGGUGCCUUGCCACACAGUAGUUGGGAUACUUAUCCUCAUACUUUUGAAGACUUUGCAACUGAUGCAUCAUUUUUGGAUGAGUGGUCUUUUGAUCAAUUCCAGGACCUUUUGAAUAGGUCUAAUGAAGACCCACAAAUGAAUCAGUUACUUCUACAGGACAAUCUUGUUGUAUUUCUGCACUUACUGGGUUGCGAUUCAAAUGGCCAUGCACAUCGGCCCUAUUCAUCCAUAUACCUCAAUAAUGUUAAGGUAGUUGACCAUAUAGCAAAAAGGGUUUAUGAUCUUCUUGAAGGUUACUUUAAAGACAACCGGACAGCAUAUGUUUUUACAGCUGAUCAUGGAAUGAGUGACAAAGGAAGUCAUGGCGAUGGGCAUCCUUCAAACACAGAUACUCCCCUUGUUGUUUGGGGAGCAGGUGUCAAAUAUCCCAAGCCACUGUCUGGUAGCAACCAUUCCAGUUGCGACUUCCGUUUUGUUGAUGACCAUGUGCAUGACAUGCCAACACCCACAGAAUGGGGCCUCAAUGACAUAGAAAGAGUCGAUGUUAAUCAAGCUGAUAUUGCACCACUAAUGUCUACUCUUCUUGGUUUGCCAUGUCCUGUUAACUCUGUUGGAAAUUUGCCCCUUGGAUAUGUUAACAUGAUUGAGGCAGAAGAAGUAGAAGCUGUGCUGGCUAAUACAAAGCAAGUUCUCAACCAGUUUCUUCGCAAGUCACAGAUGAAGCAGGAAAAUUCAUUAUAUUUCAAGCCUUUUAAACCACUGGCACAUUAUGUUUCUACUUUUGAACAAAUCGAAUAUUUGAUAUCUGUCAAAGACUAUGGAGCUGCAAUGAAGUUAUCUCAAAAUCUCAGAAGCUUGGCACUGGAAGGACUUCACUAUUUUCAAACUUAUGAUUGGUUUAGGCUGAUGAGUUUAGUUACUCUUGGAUACAUUGGUUGGAUGGUCUAUCUUGUUAUCCAUGUGCUACAGUCUUAUACAUCUUUGCCCGUGAAUUUUUUCAGAAAGGAGCAAGCAGUUCAUCUGAAGAAUGAUGCUGGAAAAGUGUAUCUAUGUGGAUGCUUGUUGAUGGGAGUACUUUGUAUAUUAUUGUUCUUGGAGGACUCUCCACCUCUUUACCAUGCAUACACUGGAAUGACAAUAUUUCUCUGGACGCAAAUAUUUAGUGAAUAUCAGUUUCUGAAAGCAUUAUGGAGAAUCUUUCAUGGGAGAAAAUACGAUUAUAUCAUUAAAUUCCUUGUCACUUGUGCUGUUUCAAUAUUCAUUCUUGAAUUUCUGGUGAACAGCUUUACUGACAGGAAGCUCUAUACUUGGUGUUUUUUGGUGGUGGGGCUUGUUGCUUCUUUUUAUCUUUUUCACAUCAUUCCAUGGAGAUCUGUCAUACCAAUCUUUGUGUUGGUUGCAUGUUGGUUUUUAUCGGUUUUUACUUUGAUGCCAGCAGAAAUUCCUGAUAACAAUCAAUUAGUAAUUGCAAGUGGAGCUCUGAUUAUCAUGAUAGCAGUGGCAGUGAGGUAUCUAGAUGUGCGUACGGAAAGGGAUAAGUAUUGGCUUUGCAUUAUGAAUCAUGAUAUGAAGAAACAUAGGUUCCCACUGCUCUUUCACUUACAGGUUCUGUUGGUGGUAUUGUCAUUGUUGAUGGUAUCACUGUCUACAUCUCAUAGAACCCAGAAGCAGGAACUGCUUGCAUUGCACCAACUGAUUAACUGGUCCAUUGCUGGUUCAUCAAUGGUUCUCCCAUUGUUUUCAGAAAUAGGCCUCCUAUCUCGUCUUACUUCUAUAUUUCUUGGUUUUGCUCCAGUGUUCCUACUUCUAUCAAUUGGGUAUGAAGCUCUCUUCUAUUGUGCGUUGGUUCUUGUACUUAUGGCAUGGAUAUUGUUUGAAAACACAAUUCUAUAUUUAAGCAAGGUGCAAAUAUCUUCGACUUCCAAUAGACGUGUGGAGGAAAAAGGCAUUCUUGAGCGUGAUGAUAAAUGCUUGCAGUUGUCUGAUGUGAGAAUUCCGUUGAUAUUUAUGGUCUUAUUUAAUGUUGCAUUUUUUGGAACGGGUAACUUUGCUAGUAUUGCUAGUUUUGAGAUUUCAUCCGUCUAUCGAUUCAUCACAGUUUUCAGUCCAUUUUUGAUGGCGGCCCUCCUUAUUUUCAAGUUAUUUAUACCGUUCAUGCUUGUCAUAUGUGUGUUUAGUGGAAUAACCAAACUAAUUCGAGUUCCACGAUUGGGUUGCUAUUUUCUUGUUAUAUUAUUUUCAGACGUGAUGACCAUCCACUUCUUCUUCCUGGUAAGAAAUACAGGAAGUUGGAUGGAAAUAGGUAACAGUAUCAGCCAUUUUGGAAUCAUGAGUGCCCAAGUUGUGUUUGUGUUGCUGCUUUUUGCCCUCACUAAUAUUUACACAAAGGACAUCCAAAUCAGAUCAGCUUGGCCAUCUGCUCGUAAAGCGAUGUGAGGCAUUCGAAAUUCACCCUUUGCAGAGUAUUGCCCCAUUUUUUUCCCCAUGGGGAGGUGUGCCAUUUUCCCUACAGAAAUUUUUGUGGAUUUCCAUCGCAUUCUUCCUGGCAAACAACUUAUGGACAGGGUGGGAGAGCUCUGAGACAACAGGAUUUCCAUAUAUUAGCCCCAUCAGUCGUUGAAUUUUGCAGUGAUUCUUAUCAGGUAUCCAUGGCUGGGUUUUACCCAGUUCAUGGUUCACAUACCAUUACUCCAUUACAAUUUUGUUCAUUUUUUAGCUUAGCAAAUUCUUGUAUGAAGAACCAGAAACAGUAUCUGAAAAUUGGGUCUUGGCCAGACCCUUCUCUAUGUUGAUUGCCUAGGUUUUGAAUCAUCAUCAUCAUCAUUGUUAUGAUUAAUUUUUAUCAGCAUUAUAUCAUUUGAUAUUUUGCAA